AUGCAUCUUGGACCAGAACUGGAUUAUAUCUGUGAUGUGACUGAAGCCAAAGCACACAUGGAUCUCAUACAUCCGUUUAGUUCUGUCUGCAACGCCACUGAAAUGCAGCAGGUUGAUCUACAGAAUGUGAUGGUGAAAGAAGAAGAAGAAGAUAUAAAAGAGGAGGACUACGGCCAUAUGAUUGCAUAUCAAGAUGAAGAUGAAAAGCCUUUUGCAGAGCUUGACUGUAAAACAGACUUUUCAGACUCGAACAUUACCUGCACUGAAACACUGCAGACCGCAGCAGAGAUUGAAGUGAAGGUUGAAGAGGAUGAGCACAAUGAUCUGCUAGAAAGUAUAUCAGAAAACCAACACUUAAUGCAUCAGAAGAUCCAUGGACAGAAUGAUGAACUCGACCUGCAACAUAAAGGACGUUUCUACCACUGCACAGUCUGCAGGAAGAGUUUCACCGCCCUGAAAGAUCUUGAGAAACACCAGCAAACACACACUGUUGAUUUGACUCAAAAGAAGAACACUGUUGACUUGAAUCUAAAGAAGAACACUGGUGAUUUGUCUCUACAGAAGAACACUACUGACUUGAAUCUAAAACAGAACUCUGCCAAAAGGCCUCAUGAAUGUGCGGAGUGUGAAAAGUCGUUUACAACACGAACACGUCUUGAAGUCCAUAUGAGAACGCACACUGGAGAGAGGCCUUAUAAGUGUGUCCAGUGUGGAAAAGCGUUUUCACUAGGUGGAAAUCUUAAAAGCCACAUGCUAAUACACACUGGAGAGAAGCCUCAUCAAUGUGCCCAGUGUGGAAAAUCAUUCAUAAAGUCCUCAGACCUUAAACGCCACACGCUUACACACAAUAGACAGAAGCCCCAUAUCUGUGUCCAGUGCGGAAAAGGUGUUUCACGGAUUUCAGGUCUUAGAACCCACAUGCUUCUACACACUAGAGAGAAGCCUCAUAAAUGUGCCCAGUGUGGAGAAGCAUUUAGAACUUUGUCAGAGAUUAGAACCCACAUAAUAAUACACACUGGAGAGAAGCCUCAUCAAUGUACCCAGUGUGGAAAAGGUUUUGUACAAUAUGCAAAUCUUAAACGCCACAUGCUUACACACACUGGAGAGAGGCCCCAUAAAUGUGUACAGUGCGGAAAAGGUUUUUCACAAACGUCAAGUCUUAAAACCCACAUGCGAAUACACACUGGAGAGAAGCCUCAUCAAUGUGCCCAGUGCGGAAAAACGUUCAGACAAAUUUCAAAUCUUAAUUUCCAUAUGACGACACACACUGGUGAGAAGCCGUAUGAAUGUGCCUACUGUGGAAAAGCAUUUUCACACAUUACGGGGCUCAAAACCCAUUUGCAAACACACUCGGGAGAGAAGCCUCUAGAAUGUUCCAAAUCCAUUGUGAUGUCAUAUACUGGAGAGAAGCCUCAUGAUUGUUCCAAAUCCAUUGUGACAUCAUAUAUUGCAGAGAAGCCUCAAGAAUGUUCCAACAAUCACAAUGUGACAACUGUGAAGAAAGAAGAAGCUGAGCAAGAGCAUGAUUAUCGGCUGGAAACCUUGCUGUUUGUCUAG